AUGCCACAGGCUGCGACGAGCUCCAGCUCGUCAUUACAUCCAGCAUGGCGACCAACCAAGAUUAUGAACAUGCGCGAUCUUUCUCGCGACGACGACUUUCUCAGCCAUUUACUCGUAGAGAAGUUGGGCACUGGGGCUGUUCCUCUCGUUGUCCACAAGAUGGAUGCUAGCCGUAUUAUACCCAAAGCCAACCCCGAUGACCUCCUACAAACUGUUCGACGUCUCGUCGCCGCCAAAGGUCCCCCUCAAACAGCCAUCCGGGAAGCAGUUGAUGAGCUCCUGACGCUUGACGCUGUGCGAUAUUAUGUCAAGAACUAUGAUCAAAAGCAGCUGAACGCAUUCGCCACCCACGCCUCGCGUUAUUUCGAGCUUUACCUACCCACGGGCUCCAUUGAGAUUGCGCAUACAUCUCGUUACACACAUAAGACUGGGAAGUCGGAACUAUGUAUCCUUGCAACUCGUCCCCUUAUGCCGGGUAUGGUCAUAACUGAACUUAAGGGGUCGAUGGCCGACCUCACAGAGGAGGAAGAUAUGGAGCUCAAACGCAUUGAUGGUUCCUGUGUCGAUGGCGCGCAGAUCCGGCGCGAUUUUAGCGUCAUCCAUUCCAAACAACUCAAGAAAAAUCAUCUUUUCUUGGGUCCCGCUCGGUUUGUAAACCACGAUUGCGAUCAUAACGUGGAGCUUUUUCGAGAAGGACGCUACAUCACCUUUCGCGUCAUCAAGCCGAUCGCGGUGGGAGAUGAGGUGACCGCACACUAUGGAGACGGAUAUUUCGGUCGCAAAAACCGGCAUUGCCUGUGUGAGAGCUGCGAGAGACUCGGCAAGGGUGGGUAUGCGCCCAAUGCGUCGGAGGAUGAGCUGUCCGAUUCUGGCCCUGGAUCCCCUCCUCAGGUCCCUGCAGAAAAAGGCAACGGCAACAUCGACUCUUCCGAUUCGGAUGAAUCGGAUAGUGAAGCUGCCGUCAAUGUGAAUGAGCGCCGUACCCGCAGAGGCGUAUAUGCCGUGGUUGAUAAUAUAGGUAAAGACGCCGAUUUGGGAGGGGGUGGUCAGAUUGAGCUGGAGGCGGAGGUUGAGCCUGAUACCGCGUCUGAUUUGACUUCACUCCCCCCUUCGCGUUCGUCUGUACCACUUGCAGGGCCCUCGAAGGGCAACGGUAUGAUGACGCCCGACUCCGAUCUAGCUCCUGUGCAAGAUUGGUUACGUGGUGUGGACAGCCCUCUCUCGGUGGAGUCGACGUCGAUCAAUGAAAGGACGACCAGUAGUGCAGUAUCCACCCCAACUCGAUUUCGAUCGGUUAUCUCAACGCGCGCACAAAGAGCGAGAGAAGAGGCUACAUCGGGAGAGCUGGAGAGCAUUAGUAGUCGGGGGACAAGCGGUCGAGGUCGUGGGGGGAGGGGCGGGAAAUCCGGUAGGUCGUCAGCGGAUCCUGCGCGCCAGCUCGUCACUCCGCCAUUGACUGCUGACCGCUCGGAUUCUACGGGACCAUCCGUACGUUCGUCGUCGCGUAUGCGGACGCGCGCAGGGGACCAGGACAGAACUCUCUCACGGUUCGCGACUCCAUUGCAAGACAAGACCGAUGUAGCCUCGACUUCCGAUAUGAUGGAUCGCAAGGGGAAGGCGCGGGAAGAGCCUGAACGCGAAGCGCGGACAUUACGACCUCGUAUGAUUCAUCCUGCUCUCGCCGAGCAACAGGGUGUCUCGACUAAGAAGCCAGAGGAAGACCCCAGAGAUGUGGAUGGUAAACCGCUCCCGACGUGUGUGACGUGCAAGAAUGUGCUGCCUGUCAUUCAUAUGGAAGGACAGCCGAUAUGGGGACAUGGUUUCGGUCGAACUGGGAAGCGCGGACGUCCACGGAAGCAUUUUAGCGUCGAGUGUCCCAGAUGCAUGCGACAUUUCGAGAUAUACGCGCUGAAGUGGCCCGAGCGCCUUCCUGGGGACGGAAGCAGUGCAUUCUUACCAACGCCGCGAGACACUCGGAACAGUACACCGAUCACUCACUCUGCUCUUGCCACGUUAGACCGCAAACUGGCAUUUGCGAUGCAUGGUUAUGCCCCACCCAAGCGACCUUACAAGCGUCGUCGGGAGGCGGAUGGCAUCGAUGUUGAACGCCCGACGAAAAAGCAGAAGCCUAGUACGGGGAGACCACGCGGACGUCCUCGAAAAAAUAAGGUUGGAAUGUCUGCAAAAGCGAUGGAAAUCUUGCAGGUACCAGAGCAUAAAGCCGCCGCUAAAGCGUCUCCCGAAAGUGGCCGUCGGAGCAGUCGCACUCGUAUGCCAACCCUUAAGUUACGUGAAAGUGAGCCUCCCAAACCUAGGAUGCAGUCAAUAUCUAGGCCACCUGCAUCGACAUCAUCUCUUUCUACUGCAUGCAGUGAAGAUGAGAUCGUAUUACCAGGCACACCUCCAAGGGAGGUAGCAGAGAUUGAAGAAAGCCCGAAACUUCCAACGCCGAAAUCAUUGGCUGUGGCAGCGCAGCCUCGAGAUUCCAACGGACGGUUUGGCAAGAAGUCGAAUACGAAUGGUCGAUAUAUGCGCAAGAGCUUCACGAUCGGUGGUAGGCGACGCGCAAGGGCGCAUAGGCCUGUGAUCAAAGUCCGUUCGCGGGUGGAGCCGAAGGAAGGUGACAGUGAAGUCGAGCGUGGAGAGAUUUUUUCACUCCCCACACCGAUUGUCAAGGUGGAAUCAUCUGGGAGUACGUCACAGAAACGGCCUCUGGAAGAAGUGGGGAGGGCCUCUACAAAGAAGAUCUGUUUGGAUGGUGACGAGGAUAGUGAUGCGGAUCACGGUGACCUGUCGCCCCUGAGUGAUUCUGCAGAUUCAAGUGAAGAGACAGAAUAUCGCCGCCCUUCCCUAUUAUCCACUGGAAUGAAGCAUGGUGCAAGUCUCCUCUGUGCGCCGAACCCUAUGACAUUUGCUCGUCGCAAAUGGGCUCCCGCCCCAGCUGAUACCUCUUCCAGAACUUCGACGGUCGCUGACGGCAUACAUUCGUCGACCGAGGAUGAUACUGACCUGCCUGUAACCCCGGAAGAUGACGGAAAUUUGGAGUAUCUGGGUGUGAAGGAGUUAGAUCAACGGUUCGGCUUUGGUCAGGAUGCCACUCAGGACGCAGGUCACAGUGCACUCGCUCCGUCUCCCUCCCUCCCCCCGUCCUCUUAUGUCGGCAAGCUCACCCUCAAACCCUCACCGAUCAAUCUGGCUAGGCGACGGUGGGCUCCACCACCACCUACGAAAUUGCGCAAUUCUCCUACCAUAGCUGAAUCAGCGGAUCAGGAGAUUUUGGUAACCGACUCGCAGGACGAGUUCGAUUAUGAUCUCGAUUCGUAUUACACCAGUUCGGAUGAAGAAGGCGAUUUAUUGAACCGCUCAAGACUUUCUCAUCCCCUCGCCGACCCAUCCGAUCGCCCUACCCGACGUCGGUCGUCCAUUCCCUCUGUGGAUUCUUCUGCAGGUGACACUGAGCAAGUUGAACGACUCGUGGAUGAAUCCCCCUCCAUUACUUCUGAUCGUUCCGAAGUCUCUCGACCUCGAUCUGUACUAUCGUCAUACUCAUCGGAUAAGUCCCCUGGUAUGGCGUGGAAAAAGACAGUGCUGCUGCCGACCAGUAAUCCCUAUUUAACCAACCCCAAAGCGUCAUUUGUCACCAAUUUCCCCAGUUCUCCUGUCAAGUUGAUGCGGGCUGGCUGGGACACUGCAUCUGAUUCGGACUCGUGUCAAUAA